AUGUGCUCCACUGGGAAAUACUUUGUGUUUUUGUUCUUGCUUAGAAGUAUCCUGUCGGACCCGGGAACCACAAACCAAGUGGUUCUGUUGGACACUACGACAGUGCUAGGAGAGCUGGACUGGAAGACCUAUCCUGUCAAUGGGUGGGAUGCUAUCACAGAGAUGGAUGAGCAGAACAGACCUAUUCACACCUUCCAGGUUUGCCAUGUAAUGGAGCCAAACCAGAACAACUGGCUACGGUCUGGAUGGAUCCAGCGGCAGGCUGCACAGAGGGUAUAUGUGGAGCUGCGUUUCACACUGAGAGACUGCAACUCCAUUCCUUGGGUGUCUGGUACCUGUAAGGAAACCUUCAACCUCUUUUACCUGCAGACAGAAGAACCGCUCUCUGUAGUGACACGGUUCAGGUCCACUGACUAUGCCAAGGUGGACACCAUAGCGGCAGAUGAGAGUUUUACGCAGACAGAUCUUGGAGAUCGGGUUCUUCGACUCAAUACCGAGGUCAGGGAGGUGGGACCGGUGACACUGAAGGGAUUCUACUUGGCAUUCCAGGACGUAGGAGCUUGUAUUGCCCUCGUGUCUGUCAAGGUGUUCUACAAGCGCUGCCCAUCGACUUUAAGGAACCUGGCAGCAUUUCCAGACACAGUGCCACACAUGGACUCAUCCUCUCUGGUGGAAGUAAGGGGCGCAUGUGUGGAGAACGCAGAGGAGAGGGACACACCCAAAUUGUACUGUGGUGCUGACGGAGACUGGCUGGUACCACUGGGUCGCUGUGUCUGUAGCAUUGGCCACGAAGAGAUGGAUGGCUACUGCCAGGCUUGUAAACCUGGCUUCUUCAAAGCAUAUGCUGGGAACACCAAAUGCUCCAAGUGUCCUCCUCAUAGCUCCAGCCAUGACCAGGCCGCCACCAUCUGUCACUGUGACAAAGGCUUCUACAGAGCUAUCAAAGACUCCUCCACCAUGGCCUGUACAAGGCCUCCUUCGGCUCCCAGGAACCUGGUCUCGUUGAUCAAUGACACGGCUCUCUUCUUACAGUGGAUGCCUCCCAGCGACACAGGAGGCAGGAAGGACAUCACAUACAACAUCCUGUGCCAGCGCUGUGAUGGAAGAGACGGCGACAGCGGCGUGACACAGUGUGAGCCAUGUGAACCGGACUUGCGCUUCAUCCCACGGCCGCUUGGUCUGACCGGUACCUCUGUGGCAAUACUAGAUUUUGCCACGCACGCUAACUACACCUUCCAUGUGGAGGCGGCAAACGGCGUCUCUGGGCUGGGGGUGUCUGCACGCUCCCUGGCAAAUGUUACUGUCAAUACAAACCAAGCUGGUCCUGCUCUGGUGGGUGUAGUCAGGAAAGACUGGGCCUCUGAAAACAGCAUCGCCCUCUCCUGGUCAGAAGUGGAACAGCUGCCCUCAGACAUGUUGGACUAUGAAGUUAAAUACUUUGAGAAGGAGCAAGAGCAGCUUAGCUACUCGUCAACACGGACCAAAACCCCCAGCGUGGUUGUGACAGGCCUCAGACCCUCAACUGUCUAUGUCUUCCAUGUUCGUGUCCGCACUGCUGCAGGCUACACAGCGUACAGCCCCAACUUUGAGUUUGCCACUGCAGCUGAGGAUCCUGAUAUUGCUGAUCAAGGUCAAGUCCUGGUGGUAGUUACAGCGUCUGUAGGAGGCUUCUCCCUGCUUGUCAUCCUGACCCUCUUCCUCCUCAUUACUGGACGGUGUCAGGGGUACAUUAAAGCCAGGAUGAAGUCAGAGGAGAAGAGGAGGACUCGCUUCCACGGUGGACACGGUACAUUGUAUAAUAUAUUUUAUUUCCCAUUCUCUGGGAUAAAGACCUAUGUGGAUCCAGACACGUAUGAAGACCCCACUCAGGCUGUGGAUGAAUUCGCCAAAGAGAUAGACCCCUCAUACAUAUGCAUCGAGAGGGUGAUUGGUGCAGGUGAAUUUGGAGAAGUCUGUAGCGGUCGGUUGCGCAUACCUGGAAGGAUGGACAUCGCUGUGGCAAUAAAGACACUUAAAGGUGGCUAUGUGGAACAACAGAGGCGAAACUUUUUACGUGAGGCUUCAAUCAUGGGACAGUUUGACAACCCAAACAUCAUCAGGCUGGAAGGAGUGGUCACUAGGAGCAGACCAGUAAUGAUAGUCGUUGAGUACAUGGAAAAUGGAGCGCUUGAUUCUUUCCUCCGGACACGAGACGGGCAGUUUACAGUGCUGCAGCUGGUUGGCAUGCUGCGCGGCAUCGUAGUGGGCAUGACCUACCUUUCAGACAUGGGCUACAUUCACAGAGACCUAGCUGCUCGCAACAUCUUGGUGGAUGAAAACUUGGUGUGUAAGGUGUCUGAUUUUGGCAUGUCCAGAGUCUUUGAAGAUGACACUGAAGCAGCCUACACUGCUACAGGAGGAAAGAUACCGAUACGCUGGACUGCACCAGAGGCUAUCGCUUAUGGGAAAUUUUCCACAGUCAGUGAUGUAUGGAGCUACGGCAUUGUCAUGUGGGAAGUGAUGUCAUAUGGUGAGAGGCCCUACUGGGAGAUGUCCAAUCAAGAUGUCAUUUUAUCAAUUGACGAGGGCUACCGUCUACCAGCACCGAUGGGCUGCCCUGUGACACUGCACCAGCUGAUGUUGCACUGCUGGCAGAAGGAGUCCAACCAGCGCCCACGCUUCAACAAUGUGCUGUCUUUCAUGGACAAACUCAUAGUUAAUCCUAGUAGUCUGCUCACUCUGGUGAAUGAUGCGCAAAGUUUCGCUGACUCCCCAGAGGAUAUGCCAGACUACCCUCUUUUCAUCUCUAUCGGAGACUGGCUUGACUCCAUCAAAAUGAGCCAGUAUAAGAACAACUUCCUUGCAGCAGGAUACACAACACUGGAUUCCAUUUCAACAAUGAGCAUAGAUGACAUCAGGCGUAUCGGGAUCUGUUUGAUUGGCCACCAGAGGAGAAUUAUAAGCAGCAUCCAGUCACUUCGCCUUCAGCUUCACCACAUCCAACAGAGUGGCUUUCAAGUAUGAGACCAUCACACAGACAAACUGUGUGUUCACACUGAGCCGGAAACCAACCAGACUUCCUUGGCAUCGUCAUUCGACUAAUUGGACAAACACCAGACUGUCAGGUGUAGCAGGUCCCACACGCUGCUCAUGUGAAAGCGGGCCGCUGCUAGACACACACGUGGUCUAGUUUAUACACACUCAUCAUCUUAUGGAUCAUUAUCAAAACAGCCUCC